UUCUAUCGUUGUUACGCAACAGAAGACGCUGUUCUAGUCUCGUGUGAACAGAUUUCAGGAACAAGGUUUCAGUGUUUACUCGAUAUUUCUAAUUGAUCGGCUGAUUAAACUAACUUAGUGCUACAAUGAAUGAUUUAAGGCGUUUAUUUCGCUUUGGGGCGACAGAUCUUCCAGGUCGCCCCCUGCUGUUUGUGGCUGGAGCUGCAGCCACUACAGCAGGAGUUUUUUAUUUUAUGAUGAAGCGCGACGGUGGAGAGAAAACAGCGGUUUCAGAGUUCGACAUGGCAUCUGAUGUGGAUCCUGUCCGUGUCCCUAAGUCUGACAGCGCUGUCCCUGAGGCACCUUUGACUGGAACUGAGGAGAAAUAUAAGCUGGUGAUCGCCUCCUGUACUCAGCUGAAAAAGGAGAUGGCUGGACUGAUGUGUGAAGUGAAUACAGUGCAUGACUUAGUGGAGGAGCUGAAGAAAGAAAGGCUUAAAAAACAGUUACAGAAUGAGGAAUUGGUGAUGGAGUGUCAGAUGAAAAGUGUAGCAAUAUCCAUCCUUGAGGCCCACGACAAAGCCAUUAGGUCUUCGUUACAAAAGGAGUUUGAAGAAAAGAGGCAGGCUCAUAAUGAGCUGAAAACCCAAUGUGAUAAGAUGAAAAAAAACUUAAGAGGCAAAAAGGUCUCAUUGGCUGACAUUGAGGAACAAUAUAAGGAUUUAGUACGCUCAGGUAACAAUAUGGUCUGCCAAGUGAAAAGUCUCAUUCUGGAAGUCUACCAGGCCAAGAAGCAACAGCAAGUAAGGCUGAAUCAUGAAAUCGAGGCCGUCCAGUCACAGUACGAAGAAGCUUUAAAACAGCAGGCUGAGUUGCUAAUUGAGAAUAAUAAAGUGCGGAAUGAUCACAAUAUCCUGAAAUCAGAGUACGAGCAGAUGAAGAAAACCCACAAGAUGGUCUCUCUGGAUGAAGCUGAGAAGAUGUUGCUGCUGAAAAAGAUGUCUGACCUGAUGUCCCAGAAGCACAAACUGCAUGCCUCACUGCAGCAGCUGAAGGAAGCGAUCUGUGAGACAUGCAAAAAGUGUAAUGAGAUAAAGAGAAAGCAGGAUCAAACACAAGAGGUGCACAGUAACCUGAAGGCACAGCACACAACGAUAAUGGACAUUUUUAAACAGUUUUAUGAGUUAUUAAAAAACCACCUCAAGCAUGAGGAACCUGAGGAACCUGGGGAUUCUGAGGAACCUAGGAAGCCUGAGGAACCUGGGGAGCCUGGGGAUCCUGGGGAUCCUAGGAAACCUUUAGAACCUGAGGAGAAAGGGGAACAGAAAUAAAGCUGUAAUUGAAUCUGUAAAGUUGUUGUCAGGACUGUAGCAAGGCGGGACAAACUGUCUAUAUAUAAUACAAGAGACAAAUCAUCAAACUA